UUUUUUUUUCAAUACCUUGGACCUCACUUCACAUCAGCGCUCUGAAUACAAACACAGAUAGUUUUGUUACUCUAUACUAUACUGACUGUUGUAGUCAUGGAAGAAGCGGGUAGGUUUCAGUCUCAGUUGUCGUCCGUCAUGGAGAAACUGGUGCUGUCUGCUGUGACGGAAAUAAACCAGCUAGUGUGUGAGUACUGCGCUGUCCUCCGGCUGGAGCUGAGCCGGGAGAAACAAGACAACAGCACCCUGAGGGAGAAACUGAAGCAGCACCCACCUGUCAGCGGCUUCAUGCAGGACGGAAAUGACAAAACAGGAGUACAGCUGAAGGCAGAUCAUAUGAACAGUAAAGAUCCCACUGAGGAGCAGGACGAGAGAACCUUCAUUUCUGCAGACUGCACGUUUAAAUCAGUCACUGUUAAAGGUGAGGAAGCACUUGAAGAGCAAGCAAAGCUGAGAGUCUCACCCCCUGUAGUCUCAGCCAGCUGUUCACAGGUUGGGGAGUGUGGUCCUUAUCCAGCUGCACAGAGCUCACACUUUAGCAGUGAACCUCCAGAGGCCAGCAGUGAUUCACAUGCAGACUACAACCCGUCCAUGGAAAUGCAGUGCAGGUUAAGUUUAUCUCCAAGUGCAGCACAAUUCGCUGAGCUGGGAUUUCAAAUCAAAAGAGAAGCUGAAAGUCCAGACCAGCAGACUCAGGAUGAAGAUCUAAAUCUGGGCUUCGAACUGCAACAAGGGAUUCUUGGUCAGAUGUACUCUGAAUUUGGAGGGUUCCCUGUAUGCAGCACCAUGCCUGACAUCCAAACACCCUCGUUCUUGAACGGUUUACAACCAGCAGAAAACCAGCACAUGCCGAGAACAUUAAAUAUGCCUAAUUUAUCCUCAAAUGGGCAGCAUCCUGCGGACAGAGAUGCACCAUGCCAACAACAUGAAAACAAAAGGAUGAUUCAGUAUCGGACACCUUUGCGUUUCAAGUGUGACUUCUGCGGGAAGGGUUUCCCUUUCUUGAGCAUGAUGAAAGGCCACAGGCUCACACACACUGGGGAAAGGAAUCAAGUCUGUCGUCAUUGUGGCAAGACUUUUAUCAGACGAAGCCACCUAACGCGCCAUGAGAUACUGCAUAUGGGUGUCAAGCCAUUCACCUGCCAGGUCUGUGGCCGCAGCUUCUCUCGCCAUGCCCACCUCAGUUCACACAUGAAGACUCACAGCUUGUGAACACUGGAAGUCAUUGUUUUAUAAUCAGCAAUGGAUAUCGUCACCAUCACUGUGCUUCAUUUUAAACAUGCAAAGUGGACAGUAGCAAGCAUAUCCUUUGUUUUACUUUUGCUUCCGGAAGAGCAAAAACAGAUUUUUCUGAUAUUUAAAGUUGCACUAGAUUUUGGCCUCUAGGGGGCAGAACAACUUCUUAAAGUGUUAAAGUUCAUCAUCUGUGAAAAAAUCAUUGAUAGGGCUGGGUAUCACCAUUGAUAGCCUGAAUUAAUUCAAUUCACAAGGUCCCAAAUUGAUUCGAUUCAUGAUUUAAUCCAAUCCAAUAUCAAUUCAUGAAGGGAUUUAUUUGUUAUUUUGCUUCAACAUUUAAGAGAUUCUCAGUGAACAUAAGUUGGAAAUAGUACAAAGUACAUUCCACAUAAUUAUAAAUAUCUACAUUUGCAUUUAAAAAAUGACCCAAGAUCUGCACCAAAUUUUCAAAAUAAAAUGAUUGGGCAUAAGAUUCAAAUCUUGACUCUGAGUCUAAAGGCUUUUAAAGGCAAAUUCAGGUAAAGUUCCAAGCUGCAUUAGAGACAGAAGUUCUAUAAUGGUCACACUUGAGCUGCCAUGAAACCGAGUAGGCCUUUAUGUAAAGAUCAGUCUCUGGAUUAUAUGAAUCAAUAUUGUAAAAGAGAAUCUACCUGAAUUGUGGAAUUGAGUUUUUGAACCCAGCCCCAGGAAUGAGCAAAGAUAGCAAAAACAACAAAUCAAGUCACAUGAAUGGCAUACAUUGAAUGGCAGUAUUCACAUCUUUGUUGAUCGCUGGUAAACAGAGCAGGUGCAGAUCAAUCAGACUAUUUUUUCGUGUUUUGCAGCAGUUACGCUUUAACAAACUUGGAAAAACAUCACAAAUGUGCAGGAUUUAGUUAAUAUAGGUGCAGAAGUGGCACCCCAGGAGCUGGUCAGUAAAAACCUCCUUGACACGAACGAAAAUAUUUUUUUACUAGUUCCCUUUAGCAUUUAAAUAAACUACAUUUUAACAUUAGUGUGUGCUGCAAACAGAAAGAGAGAAGAGAAGGGAGGUGUAGAUGCCCCUCAGUUUAUUGUUUCUUUGGUUUAAAUCCAUGUUGAUACAAACAGUUCAUAAAAUACAGUAUUAUCAAAAAUGAUAAAUUUAUCAUAGAUCUACAAAGAAAGUUUGCUUUGAACAGACCAUCAGUAAGCAGAGUAUCUGGUUUGUGUUUUUUUUUUAUUCUUUUGUACCCUCUAAUGGUGUUGAUGUCAUUAAACCAGUCCUCAGCAGGGUGAGGACCUAAAAAUCA